GCAGGCCCAAACAGCAUCUCAAGACAGCAUCUAUCCGCGUUGCCAAGGCGGGCCUGCCGGUGAGUCGAGAGCGGCGGCGCGAUGGCGGCGGCGGCGGGAGAGGAGGUGCCGAACAAGAGGGUGGUCCUGAAGCGCUACGUGACGGGGUUCCCGUCGGAGGACGACAUGGAGGUGGUGACGGCGACGGCGCGCCUGGCCGUGCCGCCGGGGUCGACGGCCAUGGUGGUCAAGAACCUCUACGUCUCCUGCGACCCCUACAUGCGCGGCCGCAUGACCAAGCACGAACGCCCCAGCUACGUCCCGGACUUCGUCCUCGGGGAGCUGGUCAUAAACUACUCCGGUAGGUCGUGGUGUGAGUGUUCCGUGUUGAGGCGUCAAGCAAGACUGUGUGACCACACACGCAGAGAUGAAGCUUCGUACUAUUUUUGCAGUAAUUUUAUAUUAGAGGAUUUGGAUUUAUCUUGGUUGAAUUACAAGGAAUUUUGGCGAGCUUGGGAGCUUGUGUUCAGGUUCCCAGAUUUUCUGACUGUGGGUUCGGGCGAUUACUCUUCAAAUCAAAGCUUGCAAUCUAUGCGCUGAAAGAUCCUAAAAUGCAAUUGGGAGUCUUCUGUGCUCUGUUGAACCUCUGCACUGGAGAUGGGUCCCCUUUCUUCCAUGUAGUACCUUAUCUUUUUCAGCUGGAGACCUUACAAUUCUGUGGUCUCUGUUCGUACAAAUCUGCAGGUUUUGGUUAAUUUUGGCGUCAGCAGGGUGAUAGCAUCUGGGCACCCGGAUUUCAAGGUUGGCGAUCUUGUGUGGGGGAUGACCGGAUGGGAGGAGUACACUCUCGUCCCUAAACCGGAGUCAUUUUUCAAGAUCAACCACCCUGAGUUGCCUCUGUCCUACUACACAGGUGUUCUUGGCAUGCCCGGCCUUACUGCUUGGGCUGGAUUUUUCGAUGUCGGCAAGCCUAAGAAAGGCGAUUACGUUUUUGUCUCAGCUGCAUCAGGUGCCGUUGGUCAACUUGUUGGGCAGCUUGCUAAGCUCACGGGCUGUUAUGUGGUUGGCAGUGCUGGUUCUGAUGAGAAGGUUAACCUUCUGAAAACCAAGUUUGGCUUUGACGAAGCAUUCAACUACAAGAAAGAGCAGGACCUUGAUGCCGCCUUGAAGAGGUACUUCCCUGAGGGCAUCGACAUCUACUUCGAGAACGUUGGUGGCGCGACACUAGAGGCCGUGCUGUCCAACAUGCGCAAUCACGGGCGGAUCCCCGCGUGCGGCAUGAUCUCGCAGUACAAUCUUGAGCAGCCGGAGGGCGUGCGCAACCUCUUCCAGAUCGUCGCCAAGCGCCUGCGCAUGGAAGGAUUCAUCGUCAUGGACUACUUCAGCGAGUACUACAAGUUCGAGGAGGAGAUGGCAGGGUACCUCAAGGAGGGGAAGAUCACCUACGUCGAGGACAUUGCUGAAGGGCUGGAGAGGGCGCCGGCGGCGCUGAUCGGGCUCUACUCCGGGCGCAACGUCGGCAAGCAACUGGUCGCCGUCGCUCGGGAGUGAGUGCUGGCCAUCCAUGUGACGGUGAAGACAGAGUGUGUACAUUCUGAAUAAUGCCUGAACUUUCAGAGUUAGGUGUGCAACGAACUGAUGGCUUGUGGUGCUUGUAGUCACAGACUCACAGCUGCUUACGUGAAAAGUUUCAGGUUUUCUGUUCAGUCUCAUAGAUUCGUAUACUUGUGGGUUUUGUGUAGAAGAUGAAACAUUGGUUUCUGAAAUUGAAAAUUAUUCAGAUGCAUGGCCAAGUCAUUGUGAA